UCUCAGGUGGAGAAAUAAAGAGAGAGGGGACAGGGAGAGAGAGGGAGGAAGCAGUUGAAACUGACAGGAGUUAGAGAUACGAGUUAGGGAUAAGACAAAGGAAAAGUAUGCUGUAAACAAAUGAGAGAGACACACCCGGAGUCAAGCUACUGGAGGCUGGACGGACAACUGAAAGAGUCAGACAGGGCUCUGCGUUUCUGGGACACAUACUUUACAACAUCGCAACUGUGGCAAGAACAAAAUAGCCGAAGAAAAGCACAAAAAUGGAGGCGAAUGAGAACGGCAACAUCACACUUUGAGAAAAACUGACAAAGAAAAGCUGACAGAGAGAUACAAGAGAGGAGAAGAGUCACCAGGAGUGAAAGCAAAAGAAGCUCCACAGACAGGAAUAAAACCAUUAGAGCACUUUUCUAAGGUCUGUGAGGAUUUCUCGAGCACCCUCAGAGAUCUUCCCAGCCCACCUACAUCAUGGCCUCCAUGGGGAUGCAGAUGCUGGCCAGCGCUCUGUGCCUCCUGGGUUGGGCAGGGGUCAUCGUCAGCUGCAUACUGCCCAUGUGGCGGGUCACAGCCUUCGUGGGAAGCACCAUCGUCACCUCCCAGACCAUCUGGGAGGGCAUCUGGAUGACCUGCGUGGUCCAGAGCACAGGGCAGAUCAUGUGUAAACCUUACGAGUCUCUCCUCGCUCUCAGCGCAGACCUACAGGCCGCCAGGGCUCUCACCGUCCUUGCUAUCGCCACGGGCAGCGCAGGCCUCAUUCUGGCCUUCAUCGGAGGGAAGUGCACUCGCUUUUUGGAUGAAGAAGGAGGCGGGGUCAAGAGCAAGGUGGCUGUAGCAGCAGGGGCCAUUUUGAUUGUCACAGGGUUGCUGUGUUUGAUUCCCACAUCAUGGGCGGCCGGGUCCGUGGUGAAGAAGUUCUACAGCGCUUCCAUCGAUGCUCAGCGGAGGGAGAUUGGAGCCUGUAUCUACAUCGGCUGGGGAGCGUCCAUCCUGCUAAUUCUGGGAGGGGGUUUGUUCAUCAGCUCAAAUUGCCCCCUCAAUGCCCACAACACAGACAAGAGCCCUUCUGUCCGCUACCUGGUGGUCCGCUCCUCCAACGGGUCCAGCAAGACAGGUCCUCAAAGCAGCAGAGUACCACCAGCAACGUCUCAGCCUGACGGAGCGGUGCUUCCCAGGUCUCAAAGCGACAAUGGAGCAUCAACAAAGCCACCGCUGUACACAAGACCUCCAUGGGAGGACGGGCCUGAGACGGACUCGAGACUGGAGUCAGAAAGAUCAUGGGCACCAUCGACAAAGUCUCAGAUGAAAAGACUGGGUUCAACAAAGUCUGAAAAGAGUGAGGCGCCAUCUACAAAGUCUCAGCUGAAACGAGCAGAAAUGGAAGACAUUGUAUCAGUGGAGAGUGAAAAUGAGGAUGCGUCCUCAAAUCCAGCAAGAACAUACCUAUGAUAUGACACACACACACACACACACAC